AUAAAGCCAAGCAACAUCAAUCGACUCAUUCAUCAUGACAGGCCGCCUAACCAUCGUCGCCAAAGAUGCGAAAGCGCUCGUUCCGGGUCGCAAGACAUUCUUUGAUCUCUCCGGCGAACUGCAAAACCAGAUCUACGACCUUGCGCUCGACAAGCAAUAUCAGGGCGUACCUUUAAACCCAUACUACCUCAACAAGCCCGACCCAUUUAUUGCUCUACUACAGGCAUGUUCACAAGUCUACAAGAAAGCACGGAACUACCUCACCGAGAAGCAGGUCGCCUACGUCCCCAUCAUGGCCGGAAUGCAAUACAACUACGGGGGCGUCCUUGACGAGGACUACAGCUUGAGCAAAGAGACAACAGACACCAUCGCAGCCUCACUGACGGAAUUCAUGGAGGUGCAUUUCCACUUGCAUAUCGAAAUUAUGCUGAACAUAGGAAGCCGUUACUUAAGCGACGAUGAUGAGGACGACGACGACAGCAACAACAUCCGUCUACUUGAUUCAAAUGGAAAAGAGUGGGACAUCGGCACCUUGCUCGAAACCCUUCACCAAGCCAUCAAGAACUAUACUCCGCACUCUUGGGACCUAUAUCUGAAACACGAAUUGGGCAAGCGGCGUGCGACGAUACACCUAGAUCACCUCCUCUCACUCUGGCCCAGGAUCUCAAAAGACCACCCUUGCGUCCCUAUCGCUGCGAUGAGAGAUCUCGUCGAUCUCAUGGCGAAAGACACCAUGACCGACUGGCAGAUACGGUAUUACAUUCCGACUGGCCAGUGCGGUAUGGAUGUCAGAUACGGAUGCACGGUUAACGACAAUAUGGCUAACGCGAUUCGCGACACGGAGCUAGCGCAGCUACGCAGUUACGCGAACACAUGCGGACAUGGCAACAUCACCAUCAUUGCGGAGGUAUAUGGCGAGAACACCGAGUGGGAGUACGGCGACAAGUCUGGUAGCGUGACGAGGCAGCGUACUCCCGCCACAGAGUUCUGGCCAAACAUGCAUUUCGACCCUUGGAAAUAUAAAAUCGUACGCGGUUUCCACCUCAACAGAUCUUAUCCCGAAGACAUGCCCAUCAAGAACUUUGAAGAAGACACCCUUAUAGCCACUUUCAAAGACCGCCCGCGCCGGCUAGAUUGGAUGGAGAUGCUGCAGCGGCGGGAUAAUCAAGCUGACUUGUGGCGGAGGGUAAAGGGAAAUGAAUGGCCGGGCGGCAUCAGGGAUUUAACGUCUUGAGAGACAAAGAGUCGUGAUCGCGUUUGAGAUGUGUGGAAAGACAACUGCUCAUACGCAGAGUGGAAGUCGUCCUAGCGGGCAACCAGAACUGGUAUCACUGUACAAACAUGUAUGGCCGAUCUCAUAUCAAUCGCUGGAUGACGGUGAAGUCGUCUCUGAUUUCAUAGUCUGCUGCAAAACCACCACGUUGACCUAGGGAAAAGCUGAACACCC